AUGUGUGAGCGAUGUGGAAUCAGCCACUUUGCAACAUGUGCGUGUCUCAGUAACAGAAAUGAGUAUCCCUCCUUCUUCAGAACCAUUCCCAGUGACUUCUAUCAGAGCAGAGCACUGGCUAAACUCAUCAAACACUUUGGAUGGAACUGGGUUGGUGCAGUCAGAAGUGACAAUGACUACGGUAACAAUGGGAUGGCAACAUUUAUCACAGCUGCACAUCAGGAAGGGAUUUGUGUUGAAUACUCUGAGGCCAUCUCAAGGACGAGUUCUACAGAGCAGGUUGAGAGAACUGUCAGAGUGAUUCAGAGAGGCACAUCAAGAGUUUUAGUUGCCUUCCUUUCCUAUGAUGAGAUGGAUAUCCUGCUUGAGGAGUCUCUUGGACAGAACUUGACUGGGUUGCAGUGGGUGGGCAGUGAAUCCUGGAUUACAUCAAGACAUUUAGCUAAUAAGAGAUUCUCUGCUAUGCUAACAGGGUCACUGGGUUUUGCCAUAAGAAAGGCUAAAAUCAAAGGUCUGCAAGAGUUUCUUUUACAGGUUCAUCCAAGUCAGGAUCCUCAGAACAAUCUGCUGAGAGAGUUUUGGGAAACAACAUUUGACUGCAGUUUUCAGGCUAAUCUGCACAGCUCAAAACAGUGUUCUGGUUUUGAGAAACUUCAGGAUGCAAACAAUGCUUUCACAGAUGUGUCAGAGCUCAGAAUAUCCAACAACGUGUAUAAGGCUGUUUAUUCUGUGGCUCAUGCAAUGCAUAAAGUGUUUAAAUGUGAACAAAGUGGUGAAGUAGAUAACCACUCUUGUAUUCUAAUGAAUAAUUUAGAGCCAAGAGAGGUGGCAAAACAAUUCCAGGAAGUUAAUUUCUCUCUUCAGUCAGGGGAGAGAGUGUAUUUUGAUAAAAAUGGAGACCCUGCAGCAACGUAUGAGCUUGUGAACUGGCAGAAAAAUAUGACAAGAGAUGUUGUGUUCAUAACUAUAGGGAACUACGAUGCUUCACUACCAAAUGGAAAACAGUUUUCUUUGAAUGGAAAAAAUAUAACAUGGGCUGGACAAUCUUCAGAGCAUGAGGAUCUGACUGGAGUGGAAAACAGCUUCACUGACAUGUCCCUCAUGCCAAUUUUUAACAAUAUGUAUAAAGGAGUGUAUGCAGCAGCUCAUGCUCUGCACAAUAUUCUCGGUUGUAAUGCAACAUGCAACAACAGGUUGCAGCUAGAGCCAUACACGGUUUUACAGCAAAUAAAAAGGAUUCACUUUGAGACAACGGAAGGAGAUGAGGUUUAUUUUAAUGAGCAUGGAGAUCCAGCAGCAAAAUAUGAAAUUAUAAAUUGGCAGCCAAGACAAAAUGGCAUUGUGAACUUUGUCACCGUUGGUCUUUAUGAUGCAUCGUUACCUGAAGACAAACAGAUGAAUGUGCAAACAGAGUCUUUAAUUUGGGCACAAAAAUCAAUGCAGGUCCCUGUGUCAGUUUGCAGUGGAAAGUGUCCUCCAGGAACACGUAAAGUUCUCCAGAAAGGAAAACCUGUUUGCUGCUAUGACUGUAUUAGAUGUGCAGAGGGAGACAUGAGCAACUCAACAGAUUCUGUCUCCUGUUUGAGAUGCUUUCCUGAGUUUUGGUCAAAUGAGAAAAGAGAUGCCUGUAUACAGAAGGAGGCCGUGUUUCUGUCAUAUGAAGAGACUAUGGGAGCACUGCUCACAGCAGCCUCUUUGUUUGGAACAUGUCUAAGUGCUAUUGUUGCUGUCAUUUUCAUCAAAUACAGGAAAACUCCUCUGGUCAAAGCAACAAACUCUGAGUUGAGCUUCCUGCUGCUUUUCUCCUUGACUCUGUGUUUUCUCUGCUCUCUGACCUUCAUUGGACGUCCCUCUGAGUGGUCCUGUAUGCUCCGUCACACAGCUUUUGGCAUCACCUUCGUCCUCUGUAUCUCCUGUGUUUUGGGGAAAACAAUGGUGGUUUUGAUGGCGUUUAAAGCUACACUUCCAGGAGCAAAUGUGAUGAAAUGGUUUGGACCUGCACAGCAGAGACUCUGUGUUCUGGGUUUUACUCUUAUACAGUUGAUCAUAUGUAUCAUCUGGUUAGCUGUUUCCCCUCCUUUUCCAUCAAAUAAUUUCAAAGAAUUUAAAGAUAAAAUCAUCUUGGAGUGUGCUCUAGGUUCAGCUGUAGGCUUCUGGUCUGUGCUUGGGUACAUUGGACUUCUGGCUGUGUUGUGCUUUAUUUGUGCUUUUCUGGCACGGAAACUGCCAGAUAAUUUCAACGAGGCUAAAUUCAUCACCUUCAGCAUGCUGAUAUUCUGUGCAGUCUGGAUCACUUUUAUCCCAGCAUAUGUCAGCUCUCCUGGAAAGUUCAGUGUUGCUGUAGAAAUUUUUGCCAUUCUUGCCUCAAGUUUUGGACUGCUGAUUUGUAUUUUCCUCCCAAAAUGUUACAUCAUGCUCAUGAAACCAGAAAAAAAUACAAAGAAGAAUUUGAUGGGGAAAGGAUCACCAAAAGCAUUCUAA